CAACAAAACCAGUGAUAACUGGAGUUGUUAAUGAAACGAUAACCGAAUCAGAAAUAUCGACAACAACUGGAAUGCCAAGUAUCACUACCGUUCCGCCAGCUGAAAAAGAAGCUACAACGAAAUUGACUACUGUUUCAGAAAUUAGAGUUGAAACAACUACGUCAUCGGAAAUCCCAGCUGUUCAAGUUAGUCAAGAGACAACAACACCAUCAAUGGAAUCAUCAAGCACAAUUAUUCCUGAUGAAGGUGGAAUGACAACUGUCAAGGUAAUUAGUGUUGGAACAUCAACGACCAUAUCGCCAAUAGAAGGCGAAGAAACAACUACGUCAUCGGAAAUACCUGCUGUUCAAGUUGGUAUGGAGACAACGACAGUAUCAUCAAGUACAAUUAUUCCGGAUGAAGGUGAAAUGACAACUGCCAAGGAAAUCGGUGUUAAAACAACUACGACCUUAUCACCAAUAGAAGGUGAAGAAACAACCACGUCAUCGGAAAUACCUUCAGUUCAAGUUGGUAUCAAGACCACAGCCGCACCAUCAACAGAAACCGAUAUAACUGCAAAAGAACCCGGAACAAGUACAAUUAGACCGAUCGAAGGUGAAAUAACAACAGAAUCUACUGUUUCGGAAAUUGAUAUUAAGACAACCACACCUUCAGUGAUAUUUAUCACAGAAAAACCAAUCACAAGUGCUGUUGAAACCGAAACUACGGAAACAAGAAUUCCUGCCGCUCAGAUGGAAGGUGAAACUACCACUACUGCUGCAAUUUCAACAACAACUGAAGCAGCAUCAACUGCGGAAACAGAAUUACCCGAAAGAAGUACAAUAAGUGAACGGCCAAUAAAAGGUGGUGAUGAUUUUGAACAUACAACAUUAUCUGAAAUGAUUGAUGAAACAUCAACGACAACCAAACCAGAACUUGCCGCAUCAACUGAAAAAUCAACAACAACAACAUCAUUUAUAGAUGGAUUAAUAACAACUGUUAAAGAUUUUAUUACAUCAACAUUACCUCCAAUGAUAGAAGAACAUACAACAAUAAAACCAGGUAAAGAAACUGAAAUGGGUAUAAUCGAAAUGAAUAAAACAACACCCGAUGAAAAAGAAUCAAUACUUGUUACUACUACAGAAUUACCUAUUGAAAAAGAAACACAAGCAACAGGUGAAUUCACUUUGUCAACAAUGAAACAACAAACUGAGGAAGCAGUUACCGAUAAUGUAACAACAACAGCCAUACCUAUCGAUGUAUCAAAAAUUGAAACAACAACAACAGCGUCACAAACAGAAUUGUCUACAGUUGAAGAAACAACAACAACAUCAACAUUUGAAAUUUCAACAACAGAAUCUACAGAAAGUGCUAAGAUAACCGAAUCAGAAAUGCCAUCUGUUCAAGUUGGUGGUGUAGAAACAACAACAACAAUGUCAGAAAUUUCAGAAACAACCGGAAGACCGACUGUUUUUACAACACCAUCGGAAUUAUCUUCAACCGCUAUGGAAGAGGAAACAAGUACAACAUCAUCAUCUAUCGAAGAUAAGAUAACUACGGAAAAAGAAAUGCCUGCAAUUCAAGUUGGUAUCGAAACAACUACUACUACAGGCGUAAUAAGUACCGUUGAAAGUGAAAUGACAACAAAACCAACUGUUUCAGAAAUCGGUGUAGAUACGAAAACCACAUCCGAAAUAUCAUCGACAACUGAAAUACCAAGUAUCACUACGGUUCCAUCAGUUGAAAAAGAAGAAGCUACAACGAAAUUGACUACUGUUUCAGAAAUUAGCGUUGAAACAACUACGUCAUCGGAAAUACCUUCAGUUCAAGUUGGAAUGGAGACAACGACAACAUCAUCAAGCACAAUUAUUCCUGAUGAAGGUGAAAUGACAACUGUCAAGGAAAUCGAUGUAAAAACAACCACGACCUUAUCACCGAUAGAAGGUGAAGAAACAACUGCGUCAUCGGAAAUUCCAUCUGUUCAAGUUGGUCAAGAGACAACAACACCAUCAACGGAAUUGCCGACAACUUCUUCAAGUAAAAUUGUUCCUGGCGAAGUUGAAAUGACAACAGCCAAGGAAAUCAGUGUUGAAACAACAACAACCAUAUCACCAAUAGAAGGUGAAGAAACAACUACCUCAUCGGAAAUACCUUCAGUUCAAGUUGGUAUCAAAACCACAGCCGCACCAUCAACAGAAACUGAUAUAACUGAACCCGGAACGAGUACAAUUAGACCAAUCGAAGGUGAAAUAACAACAGAAUCUGUUUCGGAAAUUGAUGUUAAGACAACCACACCUUCUGUGAUAUUUAUCACAGAAAAACCAAUCACAAGUACUGCUGAAACCGAAACUACGGAAUCAAGAAUUCCUGCCGUUCAGAUUGAAGGUGAAACUACCACUACUUCUCCAAUUUCAACAACAACUGAAGCUAUAUCAACAGCGGAAACUGAAUUACCAGAAAGAAGUACAAUAAGUGAACUACCGAAAGAAUCGGUUACAAGUGCAGUUGUACCGGAGAAAAUUGAAACAACAACCAUGGAAGAAGAGACGAAAACCACAACUAGUAUACCAGAAAUAUCGACAAUCAGUGAAAUUUCAAAAGAUAAAUUUACAACAAUUUCAACAAUUGGUGAAUCUACAACUGUUUCGUCAACAGAAUCUACUAAAUUUGAACCAGAUUUUACAACUGAAACUUUAGAAUCUAGUACCAUUCCAGCAAUUGAAAAAGAAAUAUCGACCACCAUGAAACCAGGAAUACCAGGUGAAGGAAUGACUCGA